ACGUCCUACGUUGCGCUCAGCCACUGCUGGGGAGCUUUCCAGACGUACAAAACUGAGAAACAUUCCCUCAACGACCGCCUCACGGGGCUGUCAUGGAGCCAUAUCCCUGAGACAUUUCAAGAUGCCAUCCUUAUAACUCGCUCCUUAGGCUUCCACUUCAUCUGGAUUGACUCUCUUUGCAUUGUCCAAGAUGAUCUUGACGAUUGGGCAGGAGAGUCAUCCAGAAUGAACAGUGUAUAUGCUAAUGCAGCUCUCACGAUUGCGGCUGCUACUGCCGAAGACGAUACUCAGGGUUUCCUUCAAAGGAGAUACUAUGCUAGCUACUUGAUUCCAACGGGCGACAAUGGUACUAAGAUAAAGAUACGCCGUUUCCUUCAUGACGACAGCUUUGACCAGCCAGGUCCGCUCGCUCGCCGAGGGUGGGUGCUACAAGAAAGACUACUGUCGCGGCGGAUUCUAUACUAUGAGCAAGACGAAAUGGUUUGGGAGUGUAGAGAGAACAGACAUUGCGAAUGUGGGCAUAAGCUAUCCUUCGAUAGGAACAAAGGGACUCCCAGUUCCAAAACUCCGCUUGUGGACGCGUACUACUUUACACAAUCCAGUGUGCCAACUUCAGAGACAUACUCAUGGUGGCGUAAGUGGGUUGUGCCUGAAUAUAUACUGCUUCAAUUGACAAAACUCUCCGACCGACUUCCUGCCCUGUCGGGGCUCGCGACCGCCAUGCGUUUAAAAUCUAGGGUCACUUAUUUAGCAGGAAUAUGGUUAGAAGAUCUUGCCCCCAGCCUUCUAUGGAGGACAUUCGGUCAUGCGAGGCUUGUUAUUGAUGAAUAUAUAGCCCCUUCCUGGUCGUGGGCAUCUCUGAAUGGCCGAGUGGAUUUUGGCCCUGGUGUUGAGGGUAUCAAGUUCGUCAGGGUAGUUGAAUAUAAUAUCACAAUCACCUCAAAGAACCCUACAGGUGCUAUAUCCGGUGGAUCGUUGAAACUG